CGAGUCUCUCACUCUCCAGUCUUCAGUCUUCUCUCUGUUUAGACCGUUUCUCUCUUUUCCCUCUUUGUCUCUGGAGAAUUUUUGUGAAUGAAACGACGGACCAAAGAAACAAAUACAAAGUUCACCUGACCUGGAAGCUACACAAGAAAGAAGACAAAAGAAGACAAGGCGACUAAAGUCUAAAAGACAAAAACAAACAUUCUUCAGUCCUGUGGGAGUGCUUCCUUGGAUUCUCCUCUCAUCUGUUUUUGAACCCAAAGGAUUUUGAGGUUUGAGAUGAUGUCGAGGACACCGGACCAAUUACGGAAGGUGGGGACAGGACUAUCAGCACCAUCCCCGCAACCCUUCCUCACCCCCAGACCAGAGAGGCGAAUGCCGAGGCUUGAUUCCAGAGCUUCUACUCACGAAUGGAAUUCCAAUCGUCCAGACAAAGAUACAAACAACAAUAAGGAGGUCAAUAUUCAAGUGCUCCUUCGAUGCAGGCCGUUGUGCGACGAUGAGUUAAAAAUGAAUGUGGCCAAGGCAGUAACCUGUAAUGAGAGUAAAAGAGAAGUCACUAUUUUGCAAAAUGUGGCUAGCAAGCAAGUAGAUAGGGUUUUCACUUUUGACAAGGUUUUUGGGCCAAAAGCACAGCAAAGAUCAAUAUAUGAUCAAGCUAUUUCCCCAAUUGUUAAUGAUGUUCUUGAGGGGUUCAAUUGCACUGUCUUUGCAUAUGGACAGACAGGAACAGGUAAAACCUAUACAAUGGAGGGAGGAAUGAGAAACAAGGGCGGUGAUUUGCCUGCUGAGGCGGGUGUUAUUCCAAGAGCAGUUCGACAUAUCUUUGAUUCCCUUGAAACUCAAAAUGCUGACUAUAAUAUGAAAGUUACCUUUCUGGAACUGUAUAAUGAGGAAAUAACUGAUCUACUAGCUACAGAGGACUUCUCUAAACCUCUGGAAGAGAGACAAAAGAGGCCCAUCUCCCUGAUGGAGGAUGGGAGAGGUUGUGUUGUUGUAAGAGGACUGGAAGAAGAAACUGUAUACAGUGCGAACGAGAUUUAUAACCUUUUGGAACGAGGGGCUGCUAGGAGGCGCACAGCAGAUACAUUGUUGAAUAAGCGUAGCAGCCGUUCUCAUUCUGUAUUUAGCAUAACCAUUCAUGUAAAAGAAUCUGCUAUUGGAGAUGAAGAGCUUAUUAAAUGCGGCAAGCUCAAUCUUGUAGAUUUGGCCGGAUCAGAGAAUAUUUCUCGUUCAGGUGUCCGAGAGGGGCGUGCGCGAGAAGCUGGAGAAAUAAACAAAAGCUUGCUGACAUUAGGUCGGGUCAUAAAUGCACUGGUGGAGCAUUCUGUUCAUGUACCUUACAGGGAUAGUAAGCUGACAAGGAUCUUAAGAGAUUCACUGGGAGGCAAAACGAAGACUUGUAUUAUUGCAACGAUCUCUCCAUCUGCUCAUUGUUUGGAAGAAACUUUAGGCACACUAGACUAUGCUUAUCGUGCUAAAAACAUAAAGAACAAGCCAGAGGCAAAUCAAAAGAUGCUGAAGGCUGUGUUGCUUAGAGAUCUGUACUUGGAAGUGGAGAGAAUGAAAGAAGAUGUUAGAGCUGCAAGGGAACGAAAUGGGGUUUACAUUCCACAUGAAAGAUUUCUUCAAGAUGAAGCUGAAAAGAAGGCAAGAAAUGAGAAGAUGGAGCAAUUAGAGAUUGAUCUAAACAUCAGUGAGAAGCAAGUUACAAAGUUCCGGGAGUUAUAUCUCACUGAGCAAGAAGAGAACUUGAAUGUUCAAAGUGAGCUCAAGGAUUGUAAGUUAAAUCUUGAAAGACAGAGCACGGAAUUGCAAGAUCUACAGGAGAAGUACAACAUAGCUACUAUCAAGUUGAAGGAGAAGGAGUUUAUGAUAUCCAAACUACAACAUUCAGAAAGCUGUUUAACUGAUUGUGCCAAGGAGCUGCGUGUCAAUUUGCUGCAUGCAUCAGAAGAUAUUGCUGCUCUGUUUGCAAAACUAGAAAAGAAGGAUAGAUUGGAAGCAGAAAAUCAAAGUUUGCUUCUUACGUUUGGUUCACGGCUUGACCAAAGCUUAAAGGACCUACAUAAAACCAUUCUUGGGUCAGUAGGUGAGCAACAAGAACAACUCGGAAGCAUGGAAGAGCACAUCUGCUCAUUUCUUGCAAGCAAAUGUGAUGUGGCCCAGGUUAUGGAAUCAAAAAUCAAGAGAAUGACAGAGACUUAUACUUCAGGAACGGAAGCUUUGAGAGAAUUUGCUGAUGCCCUGCAGAUGAAAGCUUCUUCUGAUAUGCAGCAGAUGAAUUCUAUGAUAUUAUCUCAAGCAACUGAAGUGAAGAAUUUCCUUGGAACUGCAAUUUUAGAGGCCAAGGAUAUUAUUUUAGACAUUCAAAGAUCUGUUGAUGAGCAAAGACAACUAGUAGCUUUCUCUGUCCAGCAACGAGAAGAGGGAUUACAUCGAAGUCUGAUAUCAGCACAAGAAAUUUCGAGGGCAACACUUAAAUUUUUCACUGAUAUUAGUUAUCAUGCUUCUGAACUGAUGAAAGUUCUUGAAGAAAGCAAAAUUGAUAAAUUCCAUGAGUUUCAAAGUUUUGAAAGGAGCUUCAAGGAGGAUGCACUUCGAGAUGAAGAAUUGGCUAUGGAAAAAAUUGCAGCAAUACUAGCAAGUCUGAGAGCCAAGAGAACUGAUAUGGUGUCUGAUGCCUCAAGAAAAUUUGAGGAUUCAUGUUUACAAGAGAAUAAGAAAUUUCUCAAAGUGCUGUCCAAUGUACAGUUGGUUUCAAGUAAAGCAGAGAAGGAGUUAGAUCAAUAUGUGGAGAAGGUGAAGUCCAGUUAUACGGAGGACACGUUCAUCUCAGCACAGAGUAGAGCAACAACGGAAGAUUUCCUGCUGGAAUGUGCAAAUAAGAUGGAUUGCAUCAGUCAGCAUCAGCAAAAUGCACAGUUAGGCAUCAAUAGUCUAAUAAAUUCGGGUCUUGCAGAGAUAGAGUCGGUUGCUCGGGAAAGAAUUAACGGAAAUUGCGCAGCACAUCAACAACUCGUAUCAACUUCCUCAUCUACUGAUGCACAAUAUGAAGCCCAGCGCCAAGAUUUGCUGGUCUCUGCGAAGGAUUCUUUGGUGCUGGACCAUCAAAACAAGAACCAAAUGCAAUGCAUGUCAAAGAUCUGCUCAGGUACGCUGGAUACAUUGCGAGAGAACCACGGUGUCCGCAUAUCUGACAUACGGAAAAGGCUGGAACAAGGCCUUCAAAAAGAUUAUUUGGUCGAUCAGAACACUGACUAUGUUCCUGAGAAGCGAAAGAUAGAAAUUCCCAGCGUCACAUUCAUAGAGGAAAUGAGAACAGCGGCAACUUUAGAGAGUAAACGAAAAAUAGGCAGUGACGGGAACAAAACUCAGCAGCAGCAGCAGCAACUAGGAGGAAAGCGUUUGGAGAUGUCAUCCAAUAGGACUCCUUUUGGUGAUGUAAAUUAGUUGGUGUGGUUGGAAAAAGAUCUUGGUUGUUAAUAAGCUGUGACUUCUAAUCAUAAAGCACUCAUCACUUGAUGAGCAAUUUGCGUUU